AUGUUUGCAGAAAAUAAUACCAAGAGGCCUCCCUCCCGCAGACCAAGGGAGGGAGAAGAAAAGGACGAGCACAAAAAGCGACAAAGAGAGGGCAAAGCAACUGAGCGAGCAGCGCAGAAGAAGCUCAUUGACCGCCUUGACACGCUUGUUCCUGUUGCUGCUGUGCCAGGCAGGUUUCUCAACGGCGGCCUCCGAUCCAAAAGAACGACAGUGCAGCUCUACGAGGACUGUGUCAACCACUGCAGGCAGCUCCAGGACCCACAUCGCGCUGAUCCAGAAGGGGCACAAGAAGGGAAACAUGGGUCCAGGGGACGGGGGGAAGGUGCAGAAGCACAAGGGCUUGACCCGAGUGGGAGGUUGCCGUGGGUGUCAGGGCAGGAGCUGAUGGAAGCCUGUCUGAGCAGCAGCAGGGAGAGGCUGCUGGUUGUGGAGCUGCCUGAGUGGACGGUGGUAGAGAUGAGCGCGAGGCUGCGGCAGGACUUUGCGAGCGCUGCGUUUGAGGGCGACCUGAUCGGUCAGAGCUUCGGGCACCUGGUGGACUUUGACAGCUUGAACGCCCUGCGGUCCUUCAGCAAGGUUAUGAGUCUUCGGCAAGGAGACGUCAGCUCCCUGUCGCUGGUGAUCACCGUGCGGACGUUCCGGAGCAAGUCGGUGGUGGAGCGGCGGAUGAGGAUGACGACGCUGCAUGCGAGGGCGGCGGGGAGGUCGAUCUUCAUGCUGGAGGCUGCGGGCGAGGAGAGCCGGGGAGGAGGCGGGAGGGAGGAGGAGGAGGAGCCGGACUGGAACAGGAGGGACAUGAUGGGGUAUAGCGGGUGCUUUGGGUAUGACUUUGGGCGGUCGACGUCGACGCCUUAUGACUUUGAUCGGGCCAUCUAUGAGGUGCAGAGAGAACCGCGAUCGGUGACCAUGAUGUCGAUGAUUCUCCCCAAGCUGCAGUCGGAAGCUUCAUCCAGCGCCGUCAUCGAUCGAGUUGCUUCCACCUCGGCGAUUAACGCUCUGCAGAAGACGCUUUACUCUUUCAUCCUGUCUCAUCAUGAGCUGCAAAUCAUGUUUGACAACAAGACAGCCCACGAGAUACCGUUUGCAGUCUUUCUGCGGCUGAAGCUUCCGCUGUCACUGGGAGGAUACCGGUCGCCGUGGGUGAAGGUGGUGGAGGCGAGUCUCAACGGCUCCUUGUGCGGCUCCUUCGCAGAACAGGGCAGAAUUUACAGCUACAUUGUUCAUGAUGAACACUGCGGGGUGUACAGGAGCAUCAUGGAGGAGCCCUUCGUGUACAAGUACGUCCUGAAGCGAGUUGGUGACGUCGAUCGGGCGCUACAGGCGGACUGGCUGUUACAGCAUGCAGAGGAGAACAGAAGCUUCGAGUUCUCUUUGUAUGUUUAUUACUGA